GAGUGGGGCUGAUGUGCAUCCAGACUUGAGACUCCAGAAACUGUAGAACAGCGGUUCCUGAAUCUCCUUCAUUGUCUCCAUCGCUUCUUCCUUGCUCAGCAGAAACCAUGACCUCCUUCUCCAGCCACAGCUACUCCAGCAGGGGACCUGCCCGGAUCUCCUCAGGCUCUGGGGCUUACGGCUCAUCUUCGUUCUCCCAAAGCGGGGGUGGCAUGAGCAUUGGUCAGAAAGCCAUGAGCAUGUACGGAGGUUCCGGUGCUGCAUACUCCCGUAUCUCCAGCUCUUCUGGCUUUAGGUCCUACUCCAGCGCUGGGUGCUUCCAACUUGAAGAUGCCAUCCAGGGUGGCUUUCAGGCUGACAGCAAGCAGACCAUGGUAAACCUCAAUGACCGCCUGGCCAUCUACCUGGAGAAGGUGCGUACACUGGAGGCCUCCAAUGCCACCCUGGAGAGGCAGAUCCGCGAGUGGAGCCAGAAUCGCUCCGUUGUCACCAAUGACUAUAGCGCCUACAACACCACCAUUGACGAUCUCCGUGCCAAGAUUGCGACUGCACUUCAUGUCAAUGCUGGGAUCAUUCUUCACAUUGAUAAUGCCAAGCUGGCAGCUGAUGACUUCAAAGUCAAGUAUGAGAAUGAGUUGACAAUGAGGAUGUCAGUCGAGGCUGACAUCGUCGGACUGAAGAAGCUCCUGGACGAGUUGACUCUGUCUAGGUCUGACCUGGAGAUGCAGCUUGAGGGUCUGAAGGAGGAGCUUAUCUACCUCAAGAAGAACCAUGAGGAGGAACUGGUCACCUGCCAUUCCCAGAUGAGUGGGCAGGUUCAAGUGGAGGUGGACGCUGCCCCAGGAGUGGAUCUGGCCAAGAUUAUUGCUGAAAUCAGAGAACAGUACGAAAGCCUGGCCACCAAGAACCGCAAAGAUGUUGAGGCCUGGUACCAGGGCAAGGUUGAGGCUGUGCAGCAACAGGUGACCGAACACACCGAAUCCCUAAAAGGCAGUAAGACGGAGAUCAAAGACCUGAAUCGUACCUUUCAGGGCUUGCAGAUCGAGCUGCAGUCGCUCCACACCAUGAAGCAGAGCCUGGAAGCCAACCUCGCAGAGACCAACUCUCGCUACUCUGCCCAGCUCAUCCACCUGCAGGGUGUCGUUACCAGUCUGGAAGCCCAGCUGACACAGCUGAGGGCCGACACGGAGCACAGCGCAGAGGAGUACCGGCUCCUUCUGGACAUCAAGACCCGUCUGGAGUUGGAGAUUGCUGAGUACAGGCGCCUGCUGGACGGAGAGGAUGGCAGAUCCUCUGUCCAGACCUCUACUUUGGUUAAAGCUUCCAGCGGCUCUGCUUCUUCCAGCACCACUACUAAAGUGGUGACCAUCGUGGAAGAGGUGGUUGGUGGGAAAGUGGUAUCCUCUUCUGCUACUUCGAAAUCCUUGAACAAGGUAUACUGAGACCCAAAGAAAGAAAGAAAGAAAGAAAGAAAGAAAGAAAGAAAGAAAAAAAGA